CAGCACAAGACAGCGUGGUUCCGCACCUCACCUCAUGCGAUCACCUGCUCCAUACCGUCCACUGGGUGGUACGGGUUUCUGGGAUUUUUUAGAUGCCGGACCAGGCAUGGAUUUGUUCUUGCAUACGCUUGGAAUGGGGAACUGCGAGGACUGGUUUCGAGCUCUGUAGUGUGUAUACUAGCCGCCAAGCCUUCAUACCAAAGGUUCCAGAGGCAAUUGCUGGGAAACAGCGGUUGCUUCAGUGGACCCGAUUAGGCAGUGACGGAUUGCCCCCACGGACCUCGUUUUCAAGUCACAGAAAUUAUUUUGCCGCUGGUAGGGGAGAAGCGGGUGCCUGGAUCGUGCACUGGCGAAUGUGGGCAGGUUGCCGGUUCUAUUCUUCUUGGAGAAGUUAAUCAGGUGUUCCAUUGGGGUAUACUUAUUGGAAGUUUGGGGAGAUUGUGCGAUGGGGAAGAUGGCAGCAGUGCUGAUUGCCGCGGUGCUCUUGUCGUGCACCUUGGCUGUGUCUGUGAACGCUGCGAACACAACUUCAGGAUUUCCAGUGCCCGCGUAUUUCGUCUUGGGGGACACGUUCGUGGACGGCGGCAACAACAACUUCAUCGCCAGUAAUGUUCCGAAAGCCAAUUUCAAGCCUUAUGGAAUAACCUACUUCAAGGGCAUUCCGACUGGUCGCUUCAGCGACGGAAGAAUCUUCUCCGACUUGCAGGCCGUUCCUUUUAAAUUGUCACUAGCAGUACCUUCACUAUCCAGCCCUACCGAUCUACAGAAGAAAACAUCUAUUAACUACGCCUCUGGAGGUGCCGGCAUAUUCCGAACCUCCAGCGUUGCAAUGGGUGCGGGUAAUGCCAUUUCAUUCGAGAAUCAAGUCAUUGCCUACGAGACCUACGCCGCAGAUGUGAUUUUCCAGUUCGGAGCAGAUGAGGCUAUGCUUAGCCUCAGUGGUGCCAUUUACCACGUCAACUUUGGCAGUGCCGACAUCUUGGCCUACUUCACCAAGCCCGCCUACGCCACAACUGCUGGUACCGUUUCCAAGUUCAUAGACGGCCUCGCAUUCGAGUAUCAAAGGAUGAUCGAAAGGCUGUACCUGCAAGGCGCUCGCAAGGUGGUGGUGUUCGGCGUGGGACCGCUUCACAAAUCCCCACAAGUUGUACUCCUGGCCUCCAAAUUUCAAUCCAGCGACGGUCGCAGGUUGUGCGCAUCCAUGGAUGCGGCAAUAAGGCAGCUCAACAGGCAGCUUUUGCAUAUGGUGAACGUGCUCAAUGCCGACAAUGAGCUGGGCAUGGAACACGCCAGUCUUCAGCUCGUCUUUGCCGACGUCUACGGCGCUGGCUUGUCCAUUAUUAAGUCUCCUGCAUCGCACGGACUAACUGAUGUGAAGAACGCAUGCUGUGGAGCUGGCAAAUAUGGUGCCGAAGUGGCCUGCGGCACCCCCGGGCACAAAGUGUGCAGGAGCCCCAGUAAGUCCUUGUACUGGAAUGAUAUGCAAUUCACCGAAAUGGGCAACAAGCGAUUGUUCAAGCUCUUCUUCGAUGGCUCUAGGUACAUAACGCCAUUCAGUAUCAAGCAUUUAGCGAAGAUGCUCAUUCCCGGAGUACCCUACUAGUCUGAGCCUACCGGCAAUGUAUUGUGUAGUCUCAUCAUUCCAUUCACCGAAGCAAUUGGUGCUUGCAUUCUUUUCUGACACAUUCAUUCUUAGCAAUUCUUUCGUAGCUUGGCAGAGAAAUGGAGGCGUAAUUGUUUGUAUGUGGGCUUUGAAUCUCUUCAUGCUCGGGUUGUAAGACUAUUCUUCAGUUUCAAAAUUCGUUUGUAUAAAUACACAGAAUUUUUUUGGGCUUUGAUUGUGAUAUGA